GCCGAGUCAGCAGAAAAGCGCCAGAGCUCAUGGCGGACGUCGCGCAGAGUUUUGAGGUUGGGUCCGGAGCGUCGAGCACAGCCAGACUGCGGCAUCCGAUAGCCGCUUUCUUUCACGUCUUUUUUCGCGCCUCUGCGCUGGUGGUGUACCUGAUCCUCUCCUUCUUCUUCUCGGACUCGUUCGUGGAGCUGUUCAUAUCGGUCAUUAUCCUCCUGGCCUUCGACUUCUGGACCGUCAAGAACGUGACGGGUCGGCUCCUGGUCGGGCUCCGAUGGUGGAACAAAGUCAAAGACGACGGGUCCAGCGAAUGGCUGUUCGAAGCAAAGCAGACAAACACGACGUAUUGGGAGGCGGUGAUAUUCUGGACGGCGCUGAUUGUUUUUCCGGCACUGUGGAUUCUGUGUCUCUUUACUGCCAUCCUCAAGUUCAGCUGGACCUGGGCGAUCAUUCCACUAGCAGGGAUUGCACUGAACGGCUCCAACUUGGUAGGCUAUGUCAGAUGUAAGAGAGAUGCCCGGGCUAGGAUAACAGCCAUGGCUGGAAAGUUUAUUGGGAGACAGAUUGUCAGUCAGACUCUCAACGCAGGAGAACAGACAUAG